AUGGCAAAAGUUGGUAGGUCGCGACGUAGGGCUUCUUACAGACAGUGCAGAAUGGCUCCCUACCAUUUGCGGACUUGUGGCAGUCACAUUGAAGAGCAAUGCUGCCCGAAAGGCUCCAAAGGGUUAUUAUUAGAUAAGAAAGACUGGGAAGAUGUGACAUGCUCUGUUUGCAUGGAAUGUCCACAUAAUGCAGUCCUGUUGCUUUGCUCCUCUCAUGACAAGGGUUGCCGUCCCUAUAUGUGCGGGACUAGCUUCCGUUAUUCCAAUUGUCUUGACCAGUACAAGAAAGCAUAUACGAAUAGGGAUGUCGAGAAGUGUGAGAUCUCGGAGCUUGCAUGUCCUCUUUGUAGGGGCCAAGUGAAGGGGUGGACUGUGGUGGAGCCUGCCCGUGAAUAUCUGAAUUCCAAGGAAAGAAACUGUAUGCAGGAUGAUUGUACAUUCGUGGGCACUUACAAGGAAUUGAGGAAGCACAUGAAGGGGGUUCACCCUUGUGCAACACCUCGUGGUGUAGACCCUCUGUUGGAGCAGAAGUGGGGAAGGUUGGAAAGGGAGCGAGAGCGUGAUGAUGUUCUCAGCACAAUAAGAUCUACAAUGCCUGGUUCGUUGGUUUUUGGGGAUUACGUGAUUGAGAGAAACCGUGGUGAUUUUGAUUCAGAUGAUGAUGAAGAUAUGGGGUUUGACAUUGAGGCUGCAAACCGGAGUGGGGGAGGAUUUGCAGGUUUUGAUCGGAAUCUGAUGAAUGUGUUUAUGCUGUUGCAUGCCUUUGGGUCUGCAUCGGGUUCCCACCACCAGUCAGAAGGAGCCCGUGUUGGCAAUCGACACCCUUCGCCAGUCGGUGCAUUUGAUGAUGACAUUGACCAUCAUCACAGCUAUGAUUGGACCGCAGACGAUGAGGAUGAUGAUGACGAUGGUGGUGGUGUCACAUCACUUGCUUCUCGACUCCUUGCUCAAGGGCAGGUGCUUUUGAACCGUUCGGGUAGACGACGUAGGCGUAGGGUCGAUGGAGGUGACAGUUGA